AAGCAACCCAUUUCAAAUCCAUCUCACUCCGCUCCCUUCUAUAUAAGCAACUCUCACACUCCACAGAAAGUCAGAAACCACUCGUAACUGCCGCUGUAUCCGCCGUCUCAACGCCGUUAGUCACCGCCGCCGUCAACCAGAAGCUUCACCAUGGCCCCGAUUGCCGUCGGCGAUUCUCUCCCGGACGGUACUCUGUCCUACUUCGACGACCAAGACCAGAUGCAGACGGUCAACAUUCACUCCCUCGCCGCCGGCAAGAAGAUCAUCCUCUUCGGUGUCCCCGGCGCCUUCACCCCCACUUGCAGUCUGAAGCAUGUUCCUGGAUAUAUUGAGAAAGCGGACGAGCUUAAAUCCAAGGGUGUGGAUAAGAUUCUGUGCCUCAGUGUGAAUGACCCCUUUGUGAUGAAGGCAUGGGCUAAAACCUACCCCGAGAACAAGAAUGUCCUGUUCCUUGCUGACGGCUCAGCCAAAUACACCCAUGAGCUUGGUCUCGAGCUUGAUCUUUCGGAGAAAGGACUUGGAACUCGUUCCAGGAGGUUUGCUCUCUUGGUUGAUGACCUCAAGGUGAAGGCUGCAAAUGUUGAAUCUGGAGGAGAAUUCACCGUCUCCAGUGCUGAUGACAUCCUUAAGGCUCUCUGAAGAGUUUCAAAUGUCUCAUCUUUAGCUUUGCUUAAUCCCUUCUGUAUUUGAGACUUUAAAUAUGUAUGUUGGAUCUUUAAAUCUCGGGCAUAGCAGAAUGGUUUAAUGGAAAUAAAGAGCUUUUGGAUUUGCACAAGGCUA